CAAUUUUGGGGCCCAGGUCUCCAUAUUCGUCGGCUUAGUCACCACCCGGCCAGUGACAACAGCUUCAACAUCAACCAUAUUCCAGAACCAUCACCAGAUCAUCUCGCCAACCCGGUUGCAGUACAAGAUCUCGGCUGGGUGUGCGGGGACUUUUCAUCAGGGAAGCCACACAGUCAGUCAGAGAGCCGCACAGGGGGGUGUCGAGGCUCGAAUUUUGACUCUGACUUGGCCCAAAAUGGCGAGCUUACCAAACCUCCGCCGCCUCUUCACUGAGGCGAGGACAGUUGACGAGGAGCGGGAGGUAUCUCGGAGAGCGUUCUACAAUGCUGUACUCUUUAUGGGAUCCGUUGCCGUCUUCAGUCUGAUCGCUCAGAAGCUCAAUGCUGGAAAAUGAGAUGUUGUUUUAUCAUGUACAGGUACGGCACUUAAACACGCAUCGGGGGAGUCUGGCGCCAUGGUUUAAUGAGGCUUCAACUCCCUCUGAUAGACACAAUUGAUUAU